AUGGCGAGUCCUACAGUGGUGCACAAGGUCCAAAGCUUCAAAGAAUGGCUGAAGACCAGCUUUUCUGUCGACCUUGAGGAUCUGGGGGUGGAACUUCGCUGCGACCGGUUCGGCGGAAUCGGGGUCUUUGCGUGUCGCCGCCUUGGUCCAGGGGAUGCCUUGGUGAGGAUCCCGCUGAAAGCUAUCCUCCACGCCGCCCAAGUCCGGAAGUCUACAUUCGGUGCAAAGGUGCUGGCGGUGAUUCCCGAAAUUCGGGGCGAGGAGCUGCUGUGGUUGUACAUGAUCUGGGGUCGGGAGGAGCCUGAAUUGUGCGGCUGGUAUCCCUACCUGCAGAUCCUACCGGCAAGUGAUCCGCUGAGCUGGUACACGAAUGAGGAAGCGCUACAGUGGCUCGUAGGCACGCCGCUGCUAGAGGAAGCGCGGCAGGCGGUGAAGGACGAAAGGGAGAGCCAUCGCAACCUGCUGGGCAAGCUUCAAGAAGCAGAUCCAGACUUUUUCGCCUCAGAGCGUUUCAGCUACGAGGCGUGGCGAUGGGCAAGGUCAUGCUACGUCUCCCGCGCCUUCGACCGUGUGGCUUUUGACAUGUCGGAUGGGGACUGGGACUCCGAUGGCCUCUCCCCUCUACUGGAUUCUCUGAACCACCGGCCUGAUGCGGAAGUAGAGGCCCGCUUCGACCAGGAUGGGGCACGCCUCUUGCUUCCAGCUGGAGCCGUUGGCUACGAGCCGGGAGAAGAGGUGCUGCACCUGUACCAGAGAGACUGUGAAAACAGCAGGCUUCUGACACACUACGGCUUCUCUUUCUUUGCAAACACCCACGACUCGGUGCGGGAAGUCACGUUCCACCUCCGCCCCGAGUUGGUACCACAACGGCUAAAGGCAGUUUCCUCAGCCAUGCCAGAGCUGGAGGCGCGUUCUUCUGGAGAUGCCAUCUGCAUCCACCUAACCCAGGGCUUGACGCUGCAAACAGCGGAGACGCCGCUGCAGCUCCUUAGGGCCGCAUCGCUGUUGCGAUCUGGUCGUGACUUCCAGGAGCAGCAGGCAAGCUGCAUGGAAAAAGCUCGUGCUUGCCGCUGGAUAAGCAUGGCGCUUUGCAAGAUGCUGGAUGGGAUGGAGGCCUUCUCCAAAGGUGCCAAGAGCUCCAGAACAUCCGCGCUGGUUCUUUUGGGCCGGCGUGGGCGGCUCGGUCGCUUCGCGCUGUCCGAAAAGGCCCGGCAGCUGCAGGAAGCCAGGCCGAAGGCAAAGAUCAUUACACUUCCGCGGAGUGCGGACUCACGAGCUACGGCACUCUAUGCCACGACGGUAUACUGCAUUCUCAGAAAGAAUGCAGAUGUCGCCGAGCAGUCUGCGGAGAUGGCGAUCUUGGCAGCUCGGAUGGAGCGACACAAUCGUGAGAACCCGGAACGGAACGACUGUGAGGGCGCCUGA